CACAGUAAGCAGACCGACAAUAAAAUUAUUAAAUAAAUUUUUGACGCAUUUCUAUACAAAUGUUAAGAUUGCUCCAAAAAAGUUGUCGAAUAUGUGAGAAAUCCGUGUAUGGGCAUAACUUGGCCAAAUACUCAAGCAAAAAGCCACCAGAUAAAUCUAGUUCGUCUAAAAACAAGCAGUCUUUAAAGAAGGCGGAGAAUAAAGAAGCAACUUUGGCUGCACCCUCAACUAAGCCUGCUCCCCUUAUGAAGGAAGUUCAGAUAUAUCGCUGGCAGCCAGGAAAGAGCCCACGUCUUCAAAGCUACAAUGUAGACCUUAACAAAUGUGGUGCUAUGGUCCUUGAUGUCCUAAUAAAAAUAAAAAACGAAGUGGAUCAAACAUUGACUUUUAGACGUUCCUGCCGAGAAGGAAUUUGCGGCUCGUGUGCCAUGAACAUUGGAGGCAUUAAUACGUUGGCUUGUAUAUGUAAAAUUGACAAAAAAUCUUCUGGAGUACUGAAAAUUUACCCAUUGCCCCACAUGUACGUUGUUCGGGAUCUCGUUCCAGAUUUAGGCCAUUUCUAUGAUCAAUACCGCUCUAUUAAGCCAUGGCUACAACGUAAAAGUGAUGCUGAAGAACCCAAAGGAAAGGCGCAGUAUUUGCAACACAUGGACGAUCGCAAAAAAUUAGAUGGUUUAUAUGAAUGCAUUCUCUGUGCCUGCUGCACAUCAGCGUGCCCGUCCUAUUGGUGGAAUGGGGAUAGAUAUUUGGGUCCCGCAGUGUUAAUGCAAGUAUAUCGAUGGGUUAUAGACUCGCGAGAUAAUAUAACCGAGGAGCGGUUGAAUCAAAUACGCGAUCCGUUUAGUAUUUAUCGUUGCCACACCAUUUUAAAUUGCACAAAUACCUGUCCGAAAGGGCUAAAUCCGGGGGAAGCCAUUAUUAAAUUGAAACAAUUAUUAAGUGGCUUCAAAAAGAAGCCAAAUGCCUUACUAGAGACAGACAAGCUUCUGAAGUAAAAUAUAUCUUUGAAAAGGGAAUUGGAUUAUGUAAUACUUUUAUUUUGAUGCAUAUCUGCAAUUAACUAUAUUCAUGUGUAUCUUCAGAUACUUGUAUGUAUAUACGUCAAUUGUUUUCGAAUCACUUCAUUAUUA